AUGGCAGGACUCAUAGCCAAGGGUCCGAAAGGACAGCAGGAUGCCGAGAACAUGCUCUCGUACAUGAACAAUCAGCCCGAUAUGCUGACCGCUAUCCUCAAGCACCGUACCGACUUCAAAGGCCACCCAGGAGACCUCUACAUCCUGCCCAUCCCCAAGACGCUCGACAAGAUCAUCAUCCAGGCUCAACCGCCUCGAUCGAGGAAACCAGUCGAGGUGGAGAUCAAGUUUGAUCCGCCCAUGGAAGACUUGACGGAUUUCCGGCCCAGGAUACUGGCAUGGAGAGACGAGGCGUUCAAGCAUUACAAAAUUCAAGGAAAGCCAAAGAUCGGGUACUACUCCGAACCUGACCUCUUCCCAUUCACACUGCCCAUCAUCGUCGGCCUCGCAGCGCUCGGGUUCGCCCUGUAUGGAAAAGGCGACUACGCGGACAAGUUCCGGUUCUGGAUCAAUAACUUCUUUGGGCCGGGGAUGCUGCCUGCUGCGAAGUGGCUCGUGAUCGUCUCGCACUCUGUCGAGACAGUGUACAUGGCAUGGGCAAUGACGCAACAUAGCGUCCCAUUAUUCUCAUCAAUACUAUGGGUGUUCAGCACGGCUCUCCUUGGCUGGGCUACAAUAAGCGAGUUCUGGGAGUCCAUCCAAUAUGAGCGUCUCCGGCAUAUCCUACGCCAGACCGACGUCGGGGAUAUUCCGCCAAGGGUGGGCGGCUCGGCUCAAGCCCGUACGGCAGUGACAUCGGCAUCGGCGGGGUCUGGACCAAAGCCAGUCAAGGGAAAGAAGAAAGCACAAUGA